CCAUAUACCAACCAACACAAGGAAGGAGCACGCGCUUACACAACCGCGUCGCCUUCCUCUUGCUCCCGGCCAUAUAAACCGGCCGGCAGGCACCCACAAUACCAAAUCAAAUCCCCCACCCAAAACCAAGAGAUCCAAUCGACCAAGACCACCACCAUGGGCUCCGCCAGCCGCGCCGUCUCCUGCCUCUGCUGCCCCUGCAAGUGCCUCGCCUGCGGCCUCUUCAGCUGCCUCUGCAGCAUCCUCAUCUCCCUCCUCGUCACCCUCGGCGUCCUCGCCCUCAUCUUCUACCUCAUCUUCCGCCCCCACAUGAUCGCCGCCACCGUCGACUCCGCCUCCCUCGCCACAUUCACCCUCUCCCCGACCUCCUCGCUCGCAUACAACCUCACCGUCGCCAUGACCGUGCGCAACCCCAACAAGCGCGUCGGCCUCUACUACGACAACGUCGAGGCCCUCGCCUUCUACAAGGACCAGCGCUUCGGCUACGACCCGCUCGACGCCUUCUACCAGGGCACCGAGGCCUCCACCCAGCUCAAGCCCGAGUUCCACGGACAGCAGCUGCUGCAGGGGGACGUCACCGCCGCGCAGUUCAGGCAGGACCAGACCGACGGCAGCUUCGCCAUCAACGUCGGCCUCAACGCCAAGCUCAGGGUCAAGGUCUGGGCCUUCAAGGUCCGGGGGCCCAAGGCCAGGAUCACCUGCAAGCUCCUCGUCCCGGCGCCGGGAGCCACCAACGGAGCCACCUUCCAGCCCACAGACUGCAAAGUCUGGUUCUGAGAUCUGCUUGCAUUUGCCUGCCUGCUAACAACUGCUAGCUAGUAGUUGAUUCUUUCUGUUCUUGGGUCCCGUACCCUUAAUUAGGCAGGCAUAUUCAUUUCAUCCAUCGAUAUUUACUAUACUAGUAGUCUAGUACUGUAUAUACAUUUUGCUAUACUUGUUCAGACUUGAGAUAUUCAGAUUCUGUUCUGUGUCAUGAUGCUUAAUUUGAUGCCCGAAUUCAGAGGAUA